AUGAGUAAAUUACCAACCAUUCCUGUUCAAAGAGAAAAGCAAUUUGAACAGAUUGUGGAGGCCAUUCAGUGUGGAAUUAGGUUGAUAACAAUAUCAGGUCCGAUUUCAUCCGGAAAAUCCACUACAAUAGAUGCAAUUUGCAAAUCUAAGAAAUUGACCAUGAAAAAAGUUCAUGUUUACUGUGAUGGGGAGUCCGAAUAUGGCGAUUUAUAUGGAAGAAUUACAGAUUUAUUUACUGAAACCCCAAAGAGACCAAAAUCUUUCAGAACAUUCUACGAGUACAUGCAAGAUGCUCCAAAGUCUGUUAUUUUUAUUGAUUCUGUUGAAUUACUUGGUGAAAAUGCCCGAGAUUUGUUCACUUCAGUGAGUGCUGCAGUUCAAAGCAAUUUAUUACCAAAUAUCACUUUCGUUUUCUCCUCAAGGAUGCCCAUCAAGCGUAUGACAAGUUAUCCUCUUGAUGUCUUUGAUAUUGAGUUCCCAGCUUACACUUCAGAAGAUAUCAAGAAAAUCAUACCAGUUCUUCAUCCAAAAGCCAAAGAUCCUAACUUUGAUUCUUAUAUAGAUAAAAUCCUCUUCUUAUGUCAAACAAUUACACGAGAUAUUCGAGAUAUCAUCUACAUUGCUUUCAAAGUCGUUGGAAAUACUGUACAACCAGAAGAUCCGAACUUUGGUGUGAUUGUUAUAUCAGAACUCAGCCAAAUGAAGGCUCAAAAAGAAUGUCGAGUUUCAAAUUUGCCAAAACUUACAAAAACACUUUUACUGGCAUCAUAUAUUGCAUGUAGAACAACAAUCCAAGCCGAUAUUGCUCGUUUUACAAGAGCGGCCAAAAGACCGAGAAAAGGCGUAAUUUACUCCGAAAAAUACGAAUUUGUUCCUUUGGAGAGAAUUUUAGCCAUUUCUAGAGCUUUAGUAUUCUACCAUUGUGACGAUUUCGAAUGCGAUUACGCUGUUUAUAUCCAACUCCAAAAUCUCGUUGAUUUGGGUCUUAUUGAGAUAAGAGGAGAUAUAAGAAUGACUCCUAAAGUUCGUUGCUUAGCACCCGAAUUUGAAGUUCACUACGUCGCUAAGACUUUAGGAAUCGACCUCGAUAUGUAUGCAGGUGAAUAG